AGGAAGAAAGCAAGGAAAUGUUUUUAACAUGCUGCAUGGAGGCAGGUUGCAGGAGCUGUGAUACCCGGCACGGCUCAGCAAGCACUGCUGGGGAAAUCAACAGGGAACGUUCCUGAUGCUAUUUUAAACACGGGCAGAAAACGCCGGCUAGCAACACUGAAUUGGACGGGGCUGCACAAAGCCAAGAGCAGCCACAGGGGCAUGAGCUGCCUGCCCGGGUAGCAGAGACCCCACAAGCUGCAGAGCGAGCUGGUCCCACUGGUGUGUGGGCUGCUCGCUCGGUAGCUUGGUUUCUUGAUAUAUUUGCUAACUACGACGUUGAUUUGACAUGUCAGCUGGCAAGCCGGCGUCUGGAUGCCUAGGUGUCACGCAGGCACCUCCGUUCCAGUUCCAUCCCUGGGGACAGCAGCUUAGAUCCGCCGGCCGGGGUUAAAAAUGAAUCGCAGCUAAGCUGUUCAAAGGGAUCCGCGCUGCCGCCAACGUAGAGCAAGAAGGUCUUCCCUCAGCCUCCUUCUCUUCCGACUUUAGACUUCAGUUCCCUCAGGUGCUCCUCACCGGACCCGUUCUCCAGACCCUCGCCCAGCUUUGUUGCCCGUCUCUGGACCCACUCCAGCACUUCAGCGUCCUUCUUGUAGUGAGAGACCCAAAAUCGAACCCAAUACUCAAGAUGUGGCCUCACCAGUUCUGAAUACAAAGGACAAUCACUUCCCUCGUCGUGUUGGUCACGCUAGUCUUGAUACAGAUUAAUCAGCCACUCGAUGGGGAUUAACAGUGGAGCACCUCUUUGUGUCGCCUUUCCACCUCUCUGUAGCAAGAACAACUUCAGCACUUCUUCAAUAAUAAUUAUGAAACUGGUAUUAACUGAAUGGCAAUUAUGGAUUUUUAACUCUAACUCACAGUAGACCAGCAAGCCAUAUGUUGAAAUUCCUACCAAAUAGCUUUUUGUUCUCGAUGUCUCAUAUCUAUACAAGAAGUUGCAAGAUACCUGUUUGUACAAGAGGAAUAUAAGCAUUACUUUCCUGAGGACCAGAAGCUGAAAGAGAAGACAUCCUAACUUGUUUGUGGAGUUAUGGUAGUAUUAUUUAUAUAGAUAUAACAAAUAUAUUUUUUUUAUGGUAAUGAAAAUGGCUCCCCAGAAUGCUGACUCGGAAUCUAUGCAAGUUCAAGAUCUACCUGUGGCACAGCUUCAGAAACCAGAAAACAAGGAGAAUGAAAGUAGGGAGGAGACUAUUAGUGAAGGAUCGAUAGACCGGAUACCUAUACGCCUGUGGGUGAUGCAUGGUGCAGUAAUGUUUGGCAGGGAAUUUUGUUAUGCCAUGGAGACAGCUUUGGUAACACCUGUAUUGUUACAAAUAGGUCUUCCUGAACAAUACUACAGCCUCACUUGGUUCCUUAGCCCCAUCCUGGGCUUGAUCUUCACUCCGCUUAUAGGUUCAGCUAGUGACCGCUGCACACUGAGCUGGGGCCGCCGGCGGCCUUUUAUUCUUGCUCUCUGCAUUGGUGUCCUGUUUGGAGUUGCACUUUUCCUUAAUGGUUCUGUUAUAGGUCUGGCUAUCGGCGAUGUCCCGGACAAGCAGCCCAUUGGUAUAGUUCUCACAGUGCUUGGUGUAGUGGUGUUGGACUUCUGCGCUGAUGCGACAGAAGGGCCAAUUCGGGCCUACUUGUUGGAUGUGGUGGACAGUGAAGAGCAAGACAUGGCCCUUAACAUCCAUGCCUUUUCAGCUGGUCUCGGAGGAGCAAUCGGUUAUAUGUUAGGAGGGCUGGACUGGACACAGACCUUCUUGGGUGGUAUUUUUAAAUCUCAAGAGCAAGUCCUUUUCUUCUUUGCAGCCAUUAUUUUCUCUGUCUCCGUUGCUCUCCACCUUUUUAGCAUUGAAGAAGAGCAAUAUAAUCCUCAGCAGGACAGGACUGAUGACGAAGGAGACACGCUUUCUAGUGUCAAAUUCAGCGGUAGUCUCCCUCCUCUGAAUCGACUGAAUGUAAUUAGUGAGGAAGAGCCGUAUGGAGCCUCUAUGUUCCACGACGAUGUUCAGUCAGAGCAUGAUCUCAAUAUGGAGUUCCUUGAGGUGAACAUUGUAAGAAGUAAGAGUGACUCGGUUCUGCACAUGCCCGAUGCUACAUUGGAAAUUGAAUCGGAGCUGCUUUUUCUGCAUGAUAUUGAACCCUCCAUUUUUCAGGAUGCCUCAUAUCCAAACACUCCCCACAACACAAGCCAAGAGAUCAUGAAGUCCAAACUCAAUCACCUGUCUGCUUUCCUCAGGGACAAUGAGAAAGAGGAGGAAAUGUUGCUUGAUAAUCACUUAAAUGAAGACAAAGUCCCAAACCUGAAUGGCUCCCUGCCAAAAGAGUUCCUGAAUGGACACGCUAGAAUAGGCAUGAAACAGUCCAGUACUUCAAACUCCAUGCGGAGGCGGAGGCGCAUGUUCUACCGUCAGCCCUCGUACACCUUCUCCUACUAUGGCAAAAUAGGCUCUCACCGCUACCGCUUUCGCCGGGCCAAUGCCAUCGUCUUGAUCAAGUCCUCACGCAGCAUGAAUGACAUCUAUGACAUGCAGAAGCGGCAGCGGCAGAGGUACAGGCACAGGAACCAGAGUGGCACCACGAAUUCAAGUGGAGACACUGAGAGCGAAGAAGGGGAAACUGAAACCACUGUCAGACUCCUGUGGUUGUCGAUGCUAAAGAUGCCAAAGGAGCUGCUGAGGCUGUGCGUCUGUCACCUCUUAACUUGGUUCUCCAUCAUUGCUGAAGCUGUGUUCUAUACAGAUUUCAUGGGACAGGUCAUCUUUCAGGGUGAUCCAAAGGCCCCUUCUAACUCAACUGAGUUGCAUGCCUAUAAUGCUGGUGUUCAGAUGGGAUGCUGGGGACUGGUUAUUUAUGCUGCUACUGCUGCUGUUUGUUCAGCCUUGUUGCAGAAAUAUUUGGACAACUAUGACCUUAGUAUCAAAGUGAUCUACAUCCUGGGCACGCUGGGUUUCUCUCUCGGCACCGCAGUGAUGGCUAUGUUCCCCAACGUGUAUGUCACCAUGAUAAUGAUCAGCACUAUGGGAAUAGUCUCUAUGAGUAUCUCCUACUGCCCUUACGCGCUUUUGGGACAAUACCAUGACAUUAAAGAGUACAUUCACCAUAGCCCCGGGAACUCAAAGCGAGGAUUUGGCAUAGACUGCGCUAUCCUGUCCUGCCAGGUUUACAUCUCCCAGAUCCUCGUGGCCUCUGCGCUUGGUGGUGUGGUGGAUGCAGUUGGCACGGUCAGAGUCAUUCCCAUGGUGGCUUCAGUGGGAUCCUUCCUGGGUUUUUUGACAGCUACUUUCUUGGUGAUUUAUCCUGAAGUCAAUGAAGAGCCAAAGGAAGAACAGAAAGGACUAGGUCCUCCAGAGACAGCCGAGGGCAACGGCACGAGCGCAGAGAAGCCAACUGUGCUGAAGCUGACGCGCAAGGGACCUGCCGCGUCGGAGCUGGAGAGCGAGUCAGCCGUUUGAGGACACGGCUUGCUGAUCACCCACAUUCCAGGGAGUGCAGGUGCAGGAUCAAGAACUCUUUUUUUUCUUUCUUUCUUUCUUUUUUUUCCCUCCAAGAAAACAGAUUAGGAUCUUCACUGCUUGUAACUAAAAUUACAGAAGGAAAGGCAGUUUCAUGCAAAAGUGUAAAUGAAAUUCUGUAGUCCUUAAUAUAGAUUUCAACAGGUAGCUAUGAUGCUAAUUGCUUUCUCUACAACUUAGAAAUGUCAUUUCUGAACACUUUUUUAUUAAGAAUACAUUUAGACUUGGAAUAAGUUUUAUUAAUCUGCAUGAGACUCACAGUGUAUACAAUUAGCAGGUAGAGAAAUUACGUUUGCGGCUGUUUUCGAACUAACUGAAAAUGGAAGCUAUCUUGACUUCUAGUCUCUUGCUGGGUUCUUUGUCUGAACAUUUCAGGUUUCACUGGUGUAAUAGCUGAAUCAAACGCUUAGACAUCUUGAUCAAAUUUUUUCAUCAGCAUGGUAUUAUCAGUCUGACAGCUACAGUUCUUUAAUGUUCAUUUUAGGCUUCAUGUUUUUGUUAGUGCAAUUACUACAGAAUCGUUUUAUUUGCAAUUACUUUCAAGAAAAACAAAAGCAAUUACUGCAGUUUCUGAGAAACUGCCAUGAAUCCUUUUAGUCAUACUGUUCAACAACUACUCCCAAGUCUGCUGCAUGUCAGGAGAGGGUGACAUUGGGUGAGUGAGCUAAGUGUAGAUGAAAGGAGCAGCAACUGGGAAGAGGUGACCGGCACUGGCAGGUUUUUAUCACAAGUGCUGAAUUUGGUGAAUGUCGUUGGAAUAUGCUGUGACAAUUUUUAGCUGGGAGUUUGUGUGCUGGUGAACUGGGGGCUUUUCUUGGCAUUUAAACCUGAUCAUCUGUGGAUGGAGCUGCCAUGGAGAAAGAGUGUCUCUGGGGUCAGCUUUGUGGGAGGGUGCAUGUGGAUUCUGUCUGAUGGGGAAAAGAAAGUCGUUGAUUAAUUGCACUUUUUAUGAUCCUUUAUCUUGCUGGCUGGGAAUGCAGCAGCCAAGGUAAAGGCAUAGCGUCAGUACAACAAGAUAACUGAAGGCCUACCUCUGUCACUUUAUGUUAUAGUCUGGGUGUAUGAAAAUCUGUCAGAAACAGUUUUUAGGCCUUAAAAUUCAAUCCAGUAGCAUGUGUUGCUGUUCCAAUCCCUUUUUUGGAGGAAUUGUAGGCUGGAGCUAUUCCGAGCUGCUGUACCAGUGUCAUCAGCGCGACCUCCAUGUCCCCUUCCUUGAUUCAGGACAUAGCUGCGGUGCAAAGACAACUUUCUGUGAAGAGCUUGAAAGAGGUGUGCUAAUCUGAUUUAGAAUAGUACUUGGCAGCGUGCCCCACUCCACGGGCAGCCAUAGCUCAGAGAUCCAGCAGCCAUUUAAAGCAACUUUAGAAACUGAACUUCUGUUUGUCGUCUUAGAAGAAGUGUUUGUGAUGCAAUUUACUCAUUCUCGCAUGGACCUCCGGGCUGCAGUCGAUCCGUGUGCUACACAGACAAAUCACAGCUCCUUGUAAGAUUUCUGCUGCCUCAAACUUCUCAUGCUAUACAGUACUUUAAAGUGCAUGUGUAACUCAUGCUGCAAUAUAGUCAUUCAGCAGAAGAAAAUCUAUUUCAAAGUGAGAAGCAGUUUUUACUCAAUUACUUGAAGUGUCAAUGUAUUUAAGAAAUGUAUGUUUUGGGAUGUGUGAAGCUGACGCAGUCUUGGCCAGCAUCACUGACCACUUCCUGGUGGCACAGGUGUGUUUCUUAGCUGAAGGCUUUCUGUCGGUGCCACUGCCCUCUGCUCUCAAGGGCGGCAGGGUUGUCUGCAGGCUGGUGAAAUCGCUGAGCACUAAAGUACAUCUGAUCACACAGGACUUAGGGGUGGGUUGUGGUUUGCUGGGUUUUUUUCCAAGUGUCUUAGAAAGUCUUUUUUUCUUUAAGGUAAUUUUUGGUGUUUGGGGGUUUUUUGU